UACACUUGUCAUUCAGCUCGCCGCUCCUCCAAAUCUCUCUCUCUCUCUCUCUCUCCCCCGGCCACCUCCCUCUCAACAAAAAAGCAUGAAUAUGGCAGAGGCCUUGGAGGCCAGCGUGGUUGAAUCAGUGAAUGCCAUUUACCUUCUCUUCUCAUCAUAUCUUGUCUUCGUAAUGCAGCUCGGCUUCGCCAUGCUCUGUGCUGGUUCAGUCCGGGCCAAGAACGCCAUGAACAUCAUGCUCACUAAUGUCGUGGAUGCUGUCGUAGGCACGGUCUCCUACUACCUGUUUGGCUUCGCCUUUGCCUUUGGCUCUGGCACCAAUCCUUUCAUCGGAACUUCUCUAUUUGCUCUCGAAGGCAUCCCUAACGAAAGCUACGACUACUCCUACUUCCUGUACGAAUGGGCCUUCGCCAUUGCUGUGGCCGGUAUAACAAGUGGGUCCAUAGCCGAGCGCACCCAGUUUGGCGCCUAUCUAGUCUUCUCAUUCCUCCUCACUGGAUUCGUGUAUCCGGUGGUGGCUCACUGGGUGUGGUCGCCGACUGGGUGGCUCAGCCCCAACUACAGUGGGUCCAGCGGUUUGCUGUUCGGAGCUGGAGCCAUCGACUUCGCAGGGAGCAGAGUGGUGCACAUGGUGGGGGGCGUCGCAGGACUCUGGGGGGCGAUUAUAGAGGGCCCGAGAGUGGGCCGGUUCGACGCGUUUGGGAAGCCUGUUGCGAUGCGCGGGCACAACGCCACACUUGUCGUCCUCGGCACCUUCUUGCUGUGGUUCGGCUGGUUUGGUUUCAACCCUGGCUCUUUCAAUAAGAUCCUCGUCCCUUACCCAGAUGCCCCCUACCAGGGCAACUGGACCGGGGUCGGCCGCACUGCCGUCACUACGGCACUUGCCGGCUCCACCGCCGGCCUCGUCACCCUCUUCGGUCGUCGGUUGCUGGUCGGCCACUGGGACGCACUGGACGUGUGCAAUGGACUUCUGGGAGGCUUCGUGGCCAUCACUUCGGGCUGUUCUGUUGUGGAGCCGUGGGCCGCCCUGGUCUGCGGUUUCGUCUCGGCGUGGGUCCUCAUCGGGCUUAAUGCAUUGGCCUUGAAGCUCAGAUUCGAUGACCCACUGGAAGCAGCUCAGUUGCAUGGAGGCUGCGGCGCAUGGGGGCUCCUCUUCACGGGGCUGUUCGCCAAGGAGGAGUUGGUGGUCCAGGUGUACAACUCGGGUGAGGUUGGGUUGAGACGUCCCUUCGGACUCUUGAUGGGAGGUGGAUGGGGCCUGCUGGGAGCCCAGGUUGUAGAGCUCCUGGCGAUCCUAGGGUGGGUCAGCAUCACCAUGGCCUUGCUUUUCUUAGUCUUGAGUAAGCUACGCCUGCUCAGGAUAUCCGUGGACGAGGAGCUGGCGGGUCUCGACGUCUCCCGUCAUGGUGGUUAUGCAUAUGCUGACGACAACCAUCCACGGUUCUACGGAGAGUAUCUGAGGAUCCAAGACGAGGCUCGCUCCUGAAAGACAAAGCCCUUGUUCUCUGCCUCUACCUGCCCUCCCUGCUAUCUGCCUUUUCCUUGAUUCAACGCCGAGGCAUCGAAUGGAAUCAUAUUGUCAUUGAUUUUUUCAUUUUUAAUCAUAAAAAUCGUAUUUUCUUUGUCA